AUGGUAAAUACCAAGCGUUUGACAACCCUGGUGGUGCUCCCGCUGCUCAUCCAGCUCCUGUUCCAAAUAGCCCCCCUGAAGACCCAUGCCAAGGAAUGGUGCAAAGCGAAAUUCGAAUUCGGAAAGGCAGACUACGCAGAGUGCCAAAGUGAAACGGAAAAUAUCGCCAAGUACAUGAUACAUACAACUCCUGUAAUCUCCAACGAUGUAGACCUCUACGCUAACGUCUCCCUAGUCAUGUCCAACGGGUAUGGACUCAAAACGAAAGAAAUCAACAUCGGAACUGAAGAAGAAGGUUUGUUAAGCAAAACAUUUGCAGUCACCACUGAUGUAGGAAGUCCAGAAUAUGUACAUGUAAAAUUAAAUUCAGCAAAAAAAAAUUGGAAGUGCAAAAAAAUUACCAUAUGGAAACAUUACAAGUACUGGAAUUUUGACUGCACUGGUUUGUUAAAUGAGAAGAAUUCGGAGGCGACUUAUUUCCUCUCAGGAAAUAAAAUUUACACAGCAUUUGUACAAACAGGGAAAGAUGUCCAAGCAGGAACAAAUGGCACCGUCGAAAUUGUACUUCUAGGAAAUGACAAAAGGAGCAAUACUAAAGUACUACACGAAGGAUUCACAUCUGGAGUGUUGAAGAAAAUAAAAUUUCAAGCAUCAGAUGUGGGGAAUAUAGAAGAUAUUAUACUUACCAAUAACGCUAGUAGGGAUGAUCCCUGGUACUGCGAUUUUGUGAAAAUCAAAAGUGACAAUAAACUUUACGUCUUCAAUGUUAAGAGUUGGAUUGGACACCCAUACGAAAAAACGGUGAAGGUUAAUAUAAGGGCAGAUCAAAGUGUAGAUGGUGGGGCACCAAAAGACAUAGACUGCCACAUAAGGGGAAAUGAUUUAAUCAAUAUGAGUAACUUGCCUAAAGCAUUACAAAGUAAGGUACAAAUAUUUAAAGUGAGAUGUCCACAGAAUUGUCAAAAUUCAGAAUUUUCCUCCGUAGAAGGUUCUUCCAUUCAUCCUUCCUCUACUUCCAUUUGCACAUCUGCUAUUCACGAUGGGUGCCUAACCCCAAGUGGAGGUUCUAUCAUAGUCACAGUUGGAAGCGACUUGAAUCAGUACCAUGCUGUUAAGGAAAAGAUAAAUCAAAUUGAAGCGAUUGAUGUUCUUACAAAAGCAGAUGAACCCAAUUUCUCCUUCUACACAUACCGAUUAGAAUCCAUUGAUGAUAUAAAGAGUAAUGUCCGCAUUGUAGAUGCAUUUGGAAAACUCUCAUCCUUGGGGAGGUUAGAAAUUCGAAGGAGUGACAACACCUGGGGUACUGUGUGCAAAAGAGGACCCAAUUUUACCUUCUCUGAUGAUAGUGCUAAACGUGCCUGUGCAGAUUUAGGGUUCUCCAAUGGGAUCUAUAUUAAACAAAUGUGUUACAACCUAAAUGGACAAAAUUAUUGUGCUGGUUAUAAGUACCCCUUCAGUAGUGCUGGAAUCGUAUGCGCUGGAAAUGAAAAAAACUUACUUCAAUGCAAUGCAGAUGACUCUUCCCAUUGUGUAGACCACCAUGAUGAUGUCAUCAUUCAAUGUUUAAAUCAGGGGAGCAGCAAGGAAUCAGUCACCGAUGGGAUGAUCAGAUUAGUCGAUAUAACUGGAGCCCCCAGUACCAACGGUAUUGGAAGAUUAGAAAUGUUUUACAAUGGCUCAUUUGGUUCUGUAUGCUCAGAAGGAUGGGUAAAAGAAGGCGAAAAAAUCGCUUGCAAAGAAUUGGGCUAUACAGGUCUAAAGGGAAAUGGAUUCUCUCAUCAUCUAUGCACAAAUAUCGCAGGGGAAAAUUUAUGUGGACAUGAUGCAGACAAAAUAAAUGCUGUAAAUGUCAAAUGCAAAGGGGAUGAAAAGUCUCUCCAAAAUUGUGCACAUGAAACGAGCGAAGAUAUUUACUGCUCUCAUGAUGAAGAUAUCGUCAUUGGGUGCUCAGGUGGGGAAGAAGAAGAGUACCAAGCGGGUAGCCAAGGAAAUGCAGAACAGAACUACCAUGCAAACACAAAUGUUGGACUUAAAAAACAUUUCCUAAGUUUAGAUAAAAAAAACUUCCCACGAAAAAUCGAGUUAACAUGUUUUGACAAAGUUGUGUCCAUAGCAGAUCUCAGCGCUGCAAAUGUGGGAGACGUUUUCUUAGCUAGCUGUCCGGAAAAGUGUGACGAAGAAGUAGGCGUUAUUAAAGGAACAUUUUUAUAUACCUUCGAUUCACCCAUAUGCAAAGCGGCCAUACACGCGGGAGUCCUCUCAAGCAAUGUCGCUGAUGAUGUAAUUCUCAUCAUAUCACACAAGCAUCAAAACUUUGUCGGCACGAAUCGGAACAAUGUGGAGUCCCACGAUUUUACUGGUACGUCCAAAAGCUUCAGCGUAAGUAUCCCAACCAGGUCUAUCAUUCAAGAGGAAAGAAAGAGUAACAAUAAAUAUGGAGAAGAAAAUUCAAACAAAGAAUUUUCUCAUGGUGAACUGUUGCAUGAUCAAGGUACAGAAGAACAUUCUCUCUUGGCGCCCCCGCAUAUUCAAAGACAAAAUGGAAGACUAACUGCAACAGGGUUAGGGACACUACCAACAUUUCAGUGGAUACCACCAAUAGGCUUCCUAGGAUUUAAUGGAACAGAAAAUGAUUUUGUUAACUGCAUCAAUUUGCCAAAUGAGAAAUAUAUUAAAAGCAUGUCUAACUUUACCUUUAUCAUUUAUUUCACUUUGAGCGGUGGAGGAGGCAACUGGAGGACCCUACUAUCUCACAGCUUGUGUGACGGAAUCUCCAUUUCAGUGAACGAAGACAACGAAUUGAUAAUUGAACAGAACUGUAAUCCACACUUGUUAAAGACCAAAUUCAAACCAGUCGUAGGACAAACGUACCACCUAGCAGUGGUCUAUAACAAAACGAACAAAAGUGUCACCCUAUACAUAAACGGAAAGAAACUCACCAUGGACAAGGCCAAAUAUGAUUUUACCCUAAAUGGAGAUUUAAUCAUUGGCAGAUCUAACCAAACCACAACAGAUUAUUUCAUAGGCAGUAUCCACCUCGUUGAAGUGUACAAGUUUGUUUUAGCCGAUGACGAAAUUAAGCAGUCAGCCAAUUCUGCUCUCUCCUUGGAUUACCUCAGUGGGGGAAGUGAUACCAACUACAAUGGUGUGGGAAAAACAAAAAGAGGAAAGAAAAAAGGUCGCAAUAAUAGAAAAACGGUCGAUGGAAGAGAAUGCAUGACCCCAUGUAAGCCUAAAAGUAUCAUCAACAAGGAACUUCAAAUAAAUGGAGACCAAAUCAAUUUAUCCUGCAAAGAUGAUCUUUUGUCUCACCAAUUUAAUAGCAAAAUCGGGUCACAAUUUUUGGUUCAUUGUGUGGAUAACUGUACCAAAUCGAAAUUUAUUGUAAAAGGAAGCAACAACUACUACACCCCAGAUUCCUCCAUAUGCAAAGCAGCCAUACAUGCCGGGGUAUACAAACCUAAUAAAAAAAAUGGAGAUGACAAUAACUACUUUAUUCUGAGAAUUGUUAAUGGAUUGUUUGAAUAUAAAGCAGCCAGAGGACACAUGGGGAUUGUUUCAAAAUCGGAAAGACAAUCUCAAUUACGAUCAUUUUCAAUUUUUGCUGAAAAUGAGGAUAACAUUCUUACCUGA